ACACAUUUUUUUGUUUUAUAUUCCCCAAACUUUCUCUAAUUUUGGCAAUUUUUGUCACAUUACUAAUUAUAAUUACCUGUCCUUUUUUCACAUUUGUCCUUUAAUUAUAUUGAUUGGUAAUUAUUAUUUUUUUAAUUGUAUUUGAAGAUCUAUGAAAAUGAAAACUUCAAACUUUUUUCCAAUUUUUUCUACACAUUUCCAAAGGGAGAGGGAAUAAUAAAUCACCUCUCUCUCCUCAGCUCCAUUUAUAUUUUUCAUUUGUUUUUAAUUAUAAUUAUUGCAAUUAUGUAAUCAACAAAUUUGAGUUUCUUGAAAUUCUGCAUUUGUUAAUUAGGAAAUAUUGCCAAUAUUUUCGAUGAAUACAAAAAGUAAAAAAAUGAGUUGUUUUUCAUGCAUGGGUCCUCGUCCAAAGGAUGUUAAUGAUUAUGAUGAAGACAUGGUCCCACGAUCCAGUAAUUCUGCAGUGCAUGCGAGGGGGAAAUCUAUUGAUUCUGGAAGUGGAAAUGGGAGAAAGGAUGGUUCUUUGAAAGGUAAAGGAACUGGGGAAAGUAACAAUCAGAACAACAAUGUUGCUUGCAGUUUCGCGUUCAAGGAACUAGCCACGGCAACUCAGAAUUUUAGGGAAGCUAAUCUUAUUGGCGAAGGCGGCUUUGGAAGCGUCUAUAAAGGCCGUCUAGAUUCAGGGCUGAUAGUCGCGAUCAAACAACUUAAUCUCGAAGGUCUUCAAGGGAACCAAGAAUUUGUUGUGGAGGUCCUGAUGUUGAGUUUAAUGCAUCAUAAGAAUCUUGUCAACCUGAUCGGAUACUGUACUCAUGGAGAACAGAGGCUUUUGGUUUACGAGUUCAUGCCAAUGGGAAGCCUGGAAUACCAUCUUUUCGAUUUAGAGCCGGGAAGGAAGCCACUGAGUUGGAAGACAAGGCUAAAGAUAGCCGCAGGCGCUGCUCAUGGACUUGAGUAUCUACACAAAGCAAAUCCACCUGUCAUUUACCGUGACCUGAAAUCUUCAAAUAUAUUAUUGGACAAUGAAUUCAAUCCAAAGCUGUCAGAUUUUGGACUCGCGAAGUUGGGACCUGUAGGCGACAACACUCAUGUUUCAACAAGAGUGAUGGGAACCUAUGGAUAUUGCGCCCCCGAGUAUGCAAUGACUGGAAAGUUGACUCUCAAAUCUGAUAUCUAUAGCUUUGGUGUUGUUCUUUUGGAGCUAAUAACAGGACGAAAGGCGUACGACAUCUCUAAGAAACCUGGAGAACAGAACCUUGUUGUUUGGUCUACUCCUUUCCUCAAGGACCGGAGAAAGUACGUUCAUAUGGUAGACCCAAUGUUGGAUGGUCAAUUCUCUUCUCGUUGUUUACACCAUGCAGUUGCUGUUACUGCAAUGUGUCUUCAAGAACAAGCCAAUUUUCGCCCAAGCAUCACCGAUAUUGUUACCGCGCUUGACUAUCUUCUCGCUCAAGCACAGAACGCAGGUACAAAUAGAGGUGGUUCACAUUCUGCCAAGCACAGCGCGCUUCCAUCAUCAGAAGAGUUUAAUGCCAAUUCACAAAAUCGAAGCUAUGAGAACAUGACUGCUAUGUUUUAAAUUUUCUUCUCAACAAACUACAAGAUUUCUAGAUGAGGGCUGCUGUCAACAUAAUGAAAAUGGAGGUGCAUUUUAUCGUUUGGACUUUACAACAGAGUAAUUGGUUGUUUCAGCUUUUGAUUAUGAGAUGACAUUUCGUUGGAUCAAGAACUUCAAUGGAUUUGCAAGAAAGGUGUAGACUGCUCUUUUUCCUGUACUUUGGCUACUCGUAACCUCAGUUCAGGAACAAUUGAUUGAUUCAAGUAUCUGUAUUUUGCUAUAUGAAAAAACAAACACAAAAAGGAUGUAUAUCAACGUCGAAAUUGUAUAUACUCAUUCUUGUAAUUUCAUACAUAUAGUCGACGUGAUCAUAUAAUUAGAUACUAUGAACAAUAGCAAAGACUACUUGUUGA